AUGUAUAAAGUAGUAGCCAAGCUAUUGGCAAACAGAUUGAGGAAUGUGUUGUCUGGGCUAAUUGAUGAAAGACAGUCAGCUUUCAUAAAGGAUAGACAUAUCCUUCAUGGCAUUUUGAUUCUCAAUGAGGUGGUUGAGGAAGCUAAAAGGAGAAAGAAGCCAGCUAUGGUGUUCAAAGUGGAUUUUGAAAAGGCUUAUGACUCAGUAUCUUGGUCUUUUUUGGACUACAUGUUGGUAAGGUUGGGUUUCUUCCUCAAAUGGAGAAAAUGGAUUACUGCUUGCCUCCAAUCAGCCACCAUAUCAAUCCUAGUAAAUGGAAGUCCUACAAAGGAAUGA